CUCGAUUAGUUACGUCAGAGGCACACCUCCCGUCGCGAUUGGCUGAUGUGUGUAUCCCUCCGCCGCUCUACUGACGGUGAAGAUCGCCCUUCCUGCGAGUCACAGCCCCGUCUCCCACUCCAAAAUGUCAUCCAGUGGACUUUUAAACAUGCAUGCUCAGAUCUGUAAACGCCUGGCUCACAAGUACCUCUCCAGAACCUACGCAUCUGGCCCCUCUCUAAAUGAAGUGGUCAUCGUCAGUGCGGUGCGGACGCCCAUGGGCUCCUUCAGAAGCACCCUGGCAGCAGUCCCGGCCACCAAACUGGGCUCGGUCGCCAUCAAGGGAGCCAUAGACCAAGCAGGAAUCGCUCCAGAGGAAGUGAAAGAAGUUUACAUGGGCAACGUGCUUCAGGCGGGGGAGGGACAGGCCCCCACCAGACAGGCCCUGCUCGGUGCAGGCUUGACGCUCGGCACUCCAGCAACGACCAUCAACAAAGUCUGUGCCUCCGGGAUGAAGUCCAUCAUGAUGGCAGCCCAGAGUCUGAUGUGUGGCCAUCAGGACGUGAUGGUGGCGGGAGGCAUGGAGAGCAUGUCUAACGUUCCCUACGUAAUGUCCAGAGAGACGCCGGCCUACGGGGGAGUCAGGAUGGAGGACCUCAUCGUCAAGGACGGCCUCACCGACGUCUACAACAAAUUCCACAUGGGCAACUGCGCCGAAAACACAGCCAAGAAGUGCAGCAUCAGCAGAGAGGAGCAGGACGCCUACGCCGUGGGCUCCUACACGCGCAGCAAAGCCGCCUUCGAGUCCGGCGUCCUGGCCAAGGAGAUCGUGCCCGUCAGCAUUCCCCAGAGAGGCAAACCUGACGUGGUCGUGUCCGAGGACGAGGAGUGGAGGCGGGUCGACUUCAGCAAGGUCCCUAAACUGAAGGCCGUGUUCCAGAAGGAAAAUGGCACGGUGACGGCAGCCAACGCCAGCACUCUGAACGACGGAGCCGCCGCGCUGGUUCUGAUGACGGCCGACGCUGCAAAGAGGCUCAACGUGACUCCGCUGGCCAGAAUCGUCUCUUUUGCCGACGCUGCUGUGGCGCCCAUCGACUUCCCCAUCGCCCCCGCAUAUGCUGCCCCAAAGGUUUUAAGCGCCGCGGGACUGAAGAAGGAGGAUAUUGCCAUGUGGGAGAUCAAUGAAGCCUUCAGUGUGGUCGUGCUGGCCAACAUCAAGAUGCUGGACAUCGACCCCGCUAAGGUCAACGUCAACGGGGGGGCCGUGUCUUUGGGACACCCAAUCGGGAUGUCCGGGGCGAGAAUUGUGGGUCACAUGGUCCACAACCUGACACCAGGUCAGUACGGACUGGCGGGCAUCUGCAACGGAGGAGGUGGAGCUUCUUCUAUUCUGAUCCAGAAGUUGUAAAAAAGAAAAAAAAACACUCUUUGUUACAUAGUGUGUUUACCGGCUGUUUGUCCCAAAUGGCAUAGACGUCUGCAAACGGCUGUGUAGGAUGUUUCAACUUUAAAUCCAGUGGCCUUAAUCAAUCGAUGACGUAGGACUUCAUGACUCUGGUGUUUAAUGCACUCCUCUGUUAAGCAACAUGUGUAAUGCAAAAAGACACUCCUAUUUAAACAUGAACUGAAUAAAUAGUUUUUAUGACGGUGCUGUUUGAUUAUUGAUCCUCUGAUUCUGGGAUUGUUCCUCCAUAUUUACCCAAAGAUA